AUGGCAUCCCUUUUCAGCAGCCUGGUCUGGUGUGCUCUCCUCGCGCUGGGCCUGUUCGAUCUGGCUGGAGCUCAGGGGUUAACUCGGGGGCCUCCGGUGAAUACGGAUAAAUCAAGAGGACCACCACAGGACCCAGGUUCGGAAUACUUUUGGCGAAGGUAUGGCUGCUCAAUUGCUGUACUGGGUGACAACCUAUACAUUGAGGGCGGGAAAGUGUUCCAGAAUCCAGGUUCCAACGCAUCGGACUCGACAUAUUCGUACCCAUAUCAGCUGAACAAGACUAUCUACAUUAGUCUCACUAGUGAAUGGUUCGCAAGAGAUGUAUCUGCAACAAUUCUUGAGAAUUACAACAUGGACGAAAGCGAAGAGGUCGCGCUGUGGCCUAGUGAGAAGAAGGAUGAUAAUAAGCUUUAUAGGUGGGGCGGUACUGUAUACAAUGAGGACUGGAACAAGUCAGGACCUGCCUUGGGCGUUUUCAGUGGACAGGGACCGGCACCGCGCGCUUCCGAGACUGACACAAGCGGCUCAUGGUCCAACAAUACGGCUAUACCGUCUGCUGUCAAGCCGGACCUCCUGAGGACGACGGGAGGCAGCUGGACGACAUGUAACGGCCAGGGUUUCCUCCUCGGCGGAACGACCCCCUACUUUGUCGACACUGCCUCCAACCGCGCUCCCGCGGUACCGGGCCUGGUUACCUUUGACAUGGAGAAGGGUGAGAUGUCUAACGUCAGUGCGGCCGAGUUCGGGCCACCAGGUGUUGCACGCGGCACUCACCGUCGUGGCUCCGCCGUGUGCUUGCCUACAUAUGGAACAGAGAAUCAAGGACUCGUCAUGUUCCUAGCCGGCGAGCAGCAAGCCAACUUCUCGUCGUUCCAGUGGUCACCGAUGAACCUCAGCACCGUCUAUAUGUACGACAUUGCCACGCAGACCUUCCACAACCAGACAACAACCGGAGAUGUACCAACUCCUCGCGAACGCCCCUGCGCCGUAGCCACUCACAAAAAGGAUGGCAGCUCCUACGAAAUCUUCCUCUGGGGCGGCAAGAACAUAACCGACGUAUUGAACGACGUCUACGUGCUCACCGUACCCGGAUUCACCUGGAUCAAGGUCCAGCACCUUGAGAAGGGCAGGUAUCAGCACUCGUGCGCCAUUGUCGGACAAGGGCAGAGCCAGAUGAUCAACGUCGGCGGGCUCCAGUCGUCCAGUCGCAGGGAGGAUAGUUAUGGGGUCGACGACUGGGCCAACGGGCUCAAGAUCUUAAACCUGAAGGGCUGGUUUUGGCAGGACAGGUUUGAUCCCAACGCUGAAGCAUACGAGCCCCACGACCAAGUUCAGAAGUGGUAUUCUUCACAGAGCAAUCUUCAAUCUGUCCAGUGGACCAAUGACAAAACCAAGGCGCUCUUCCCGCUCGCUGCGCAGAACGAUCCUUCCAAUAACCCUGGCGGCUCAGGACAGCCAGAAACGCCACAGGAUGAUGGUGCAGCGUCUCGUUCUGUACCGGUCGGAGCCAUCGUGGGUGGUGUAGUAGGAGGUGUGGUUCUUUUGGUUGCAGCGAUACUCUUCUUCAUCCUGCGCCGCCGCCGUCUCCGUCGGAAAUGGGCCUCCGAGCAAAAGGCACACCAAGAGCAGAGCAAUACCGAUGCAGGCGGCGGGCGCAACCAAGGGACGCCGGUCAACUCCCCGGACCCGACAGAGGUGUACGACAAGCAGAUGCUCGACUCGAACCAAGUCCACGAGCUGCCGCCGCAGGGCAAGUCGUACGAGAUGGGCAACGAUGGCGCGGUCAGUGAGAUGCCUCCGCAGGAGAAGUCAUAUGAGAUGGGUGACGAUGGUGCGGUCGGCGAGAUGCCCGGCGGCGCGACCGCGUACUACUACCAGCUGGAUGACGGCACGAUAUUGGUUGAGAUGCCGCACAGCAAGGAUGUUCCGGUCGAGAUGCCGCAUAAUCAAGAGAUACAGCCGCAAGAGUUGCCUGCCGACUCGCCGCAGCGUCGGCAAGCAGUCGCGGAAGGUCUGCCAGAUCCACGGGGGGAGACGGAUGUGCAAAGCGGUACAGGAGCGCCUAGGUAA